CAGCUCCGGUGCCGAGGAAGGUCGUUUGAAACCCAGCAAAAGAAUCCUAAAAGUAGAUGUGCAAUUUCAGAGGAAGGCUGCUGAAAUCCGGGGCUUCGCAGGCAGCUGUCUGAUCUUAGAAGACGAAUGCCAUGAGACUCACCAACCAGUCUUCGCCCGCCCCAGAGAAGCUCCUGACUUCCAGCAUGGUGCCUACCUUGCGGCGGUUAGAUUUCUUCUCUCCCCUGGUGGACUCCAGCCACUUCAUCGUGGAGGACGGCUCCCAGCUCAGGGCCGAUCGGAAUCACACCCAGGAAACCCAGCCCCUCUUUUUGACCACGUCCGCGGCAAAAGUCAUCUCGGGUCUCUUUGUCUGGACGGCGCUGUUCCUCACCUUCCACCAGAUCUUCUUGCAUCUGAAGAAUUACACCAUUCCCAACGAGCAGCGCUACAUCAUCCGAAUUCUCUUUAUCGUUCCCAUUUAUGCCUUCGAUUCCUGGCUUAGUCUCCUGCUCAUUGGCAGCCACCAGUACUACGUUUACUUUGACUCGGUGCGGGACUGCUACGAAGCAUUUGUGAUUUACAGUUUUCUGAGCCUCUGCUUUGAAUACCUUGGAGGAGAGAGCACCAUCAUGGCUGAAAUCCGAGGGAAACCCAUUGUGUCUAGCUGCCUCUAUGGGACUUGCUGCCUCCGAGGGAUGUCGUACUCAAUUGGGUUCCUCCGGUUUUGCAAGCAGGCCACACUGCAGUUCUGCAUCGUCAAGCCUGUCAUGGCAGUCCUCACCAUCGUUCUCCAAGCGUUUGGGAAAUACCACGAUGGCGAUUUCAACAUCCACAGCGGAUACCUCUAUAUCACCAUAAUCUACAACUUCUCGGUCAGCCUGGCCCUCUAUGCCCUUUUCCUCUUCUACUUCGCCACCACGGAGCUCCUGAGACCGUUUGAGCCGGUCCUUAAGUUUCUCACCAUCAAGGCAGUCAUCUUCCUCUCCUUUUGGCAGGGGAUGCUGCUGGCAAUCUUAGAGAAAUGUGGGGUGAUCCCAGAGGUUCAGAUCAUUGACGGGAAGACGGUGGGAGCCGGGACUGUUGCCGCAGGAUACCAGAACUUCAUCAUCUGUAUUGAGAUGCUGUUUGCCUCCAUUGCUCUCCGUUAUGCUUUCACCUGCCAGGUGUACCGAGAGAAAAAGGAAAGCGCAACAGGUCUUGCCCCGCUGCAAAGCAUUUCCAGCGGGCUGAAGGAAACGAUGAGUCCCCAGGAUAUAGUCCAAGAUGCCAUCCACAAUUUCUCCCCAGCCUACCAACAGUACACGCAGCAAUCCAUGCAGGAGGCGGAAGGCGGGGGGCCCGGACAGAAUGGCCCCACGGGCCCUCCAGUGGAGAGCUCACAGAGGAAGAGGAGGAGGAGGAGGAGUAUUGAGAAAAGUGUGCUGAUCAUAUCGGAUGAUGAUCUGUAACGAAGAUGAAGCUUCCAUCUUCGAGGAAGGGGACUCUGUAUCUUGGACAGACCUUCUUGCCUCUCUCCCGUCCAACAGCCGCCAACCGAAUCAGACCACAUCGGUGAAUGAAGCAACAGAGCCGUCUCUUUCUUCUUCUCUCAACUGGCCACUGGGAGAAAACGCGACCUAGGGGUGACUUCCCAAAUACAGCCAGGCCUACUCUUCAGGCUACAAUCACUUGUCAUUUGUUGUCGUGGCAAGAACAGCCAGGAGUUCCUGCCAGACUUAUCGGUGGUCUCAAUGUUCGGCAGCCAGGAAGACUGAGGAGCACAGCAGAAUUCCUCAGCGGAGGCAGCUCCUCUCGUUCCCGAGGCAUGGAGAAAAUGCUGAUUACAGGCACGGAGAAGGAACAAGGGAACGUAGGAACGGACUAAACUGGAUGGAAACAGCGUUCCUCAUUCAGCAGCUGUUCCAGCUCAAUCCCACUGAAGCCGGAUUCCCGUUGCUAUCCUUCUUUUUGUGGAUCUGAUCCACUGGGCUGGGAAGGCGUCCCAGGGAAAUAAAAGCACUUUUCUUUCCAACCUACCUUUCCACCACAAGGUGCUGAAACAGGAUGAGGAAUUAUAGAGCCAGAUUCCUUUACCAAGUUGCACUGAGGCUGUAAAGCUUCUAUUCUUAGUGUGUAUCUUGGAUGUCGGAGGAACUGUGACUUUGUCUUGUAAAAAGAGGGGUAGCGUUACGCUGAAAGUUAUUUUGGUAAAAAAAAACUUCAGUGGAACCCAUGGCCAUCAGGACAUUUGCGCUUGAAAUGUCUGAAAAGCCACAUCUGUCCCAUAGCAGAAAUACAGAUAAUUGAGGGGAGUAUCAAGGCAAAAUCAGUGGUACUUUUAAAAUUCUUCCAUGUGAAGUUUGCUUCCAAUCACUUAUACGGCAGGUCCACGUAGGGAUGAAGCAGCCCUCUCCAAACUGGCUACUUUCAGAUGGGUUGGACUUCAUUUCCCAUCAUUUCCAGCCAGUCCAAUGUUGGGGUAAAGGCUGAAGCAUGUUAAGAGGUUUCCCGCUGCUGGUGGGAACACCAUGGGGCGGCUGAGUUGAUAUACUUCUUCCGGUUUUGAGGGUCCUGGCUUCCAGAGCGAUUGCUAUGAAUCUCAAGUGUAAAUCUGUACAUUUCAAAAAUUUAAAUUAUAUAAACAUUUGUAAUACUCUU